AGCUAAGACAGAGGCCUCCAUGGCUUUAUGUUCCCACCGUGGUUGGUCGCGAGAUAAUCAUUAUGCGGGGUAUUGGUAUUGUUGGGCUGUAUUGUCGCUUAGGGCAUCUUGACGCCACAUUUUCAGCUGCGUGCUGCGCCUUCAUUAUAUUCCUAAGGCAAUUCUCCUACAGCAGAACUUUUAUUUCUUUUAUCCUCGAGCCACACAAGCAGCAAUCCUAUCCCUCGUCUGUGUCUCGUCCAUAUUUUGCCCCAAUCAGUUCGAGUCGAACCCAGCCGCCAUGUUUAAAACUUACGUGGUGGCCCCAAACUUUUCCAUCCCCCCAGCUCCUGAAGUCCAGGGCUCUGCAGCAAUCCCCCCGCAGGGCCAGCUUCAGCUUGGGGAUAUACUAACUAGGCCCUUCGGGGCCAAGCCAAUUGCCAUCAAUCGCUACGAUCGCACCCCGAUUGAUAAGGACCAUCUCGAGGCCGUGGAUAGGAAAGGGGACGUUCAACAGAAUUCCCAAAAUCUCUUCAGCGGACGUCUCGGUAUCUGGGCAAGCCUACUCGCUAACCUUGGGAUCGGGCUAGAUGUCGACCUCAGCAUCCAUGGUUUAAGCAAUUCCGCGGACGUGAUGAAGAUCAAAUCUCUGGAGACACACUCAUUUGACGUUAGGGAUGAUUAUAUCAAGAAGGUGCUUGCGUCACGGUCGGUAGCGGACUACAUCAACGAGUUCAAGUUGUCAGCCAAGGAAGCUAAACAGAUCCCUUUAUACAUGGUGUCUGGCUUGAAAAUCGCUAAGGGUGUUUCUUCAAAAUUUACCGACUUGUUGAAAGCAGGAGCUAAUAUUGGUUCGUCCGAAUCCGCGGGCAACGCGGACUCCAAGCUACUCGAGGUGCUCUGGAAGCGGUACCGACGAGUAUCUUUCGAAACGUCAACGGAUUUCGUUCUUGCCUUCCAGCUGAUGCAUAUCAGAUAUGAUAUAGCCACAGAGAAGACGAAGCAGAACGUAUCGCUUGAGAAGGUGACAUUGGCGGACGGUACGCCGAUUCCGACCGAAAUCUCGGUCAAUUACGCAGGAACGGACCAGGAUUUCUCAGGGGCAAGAAAGUUGUCCCAAGAGAUAUUCGAGAGUAGGGAUGGUACUGAGCUUCUCUUGAUCCCCGAUCUGGAGUAGGUGUCUCAGCAUGGAGACUGGAAUGCACAAACUAUUCCCUACCUUUUAGAUUGAUUUAUCGAUGCACAAUCGUUGUGGUGUGGAGUCAGUCAUUCUGGGUUAUUGCUAUCUCGAUGUAGUGUGUUCUAGUUAUGUGUCUUAGCGUAUCACGCAAUCAUUGAUAUCCGCAGAGAUGACAACAAGAACUACGCGUUGAUAAAUAAGUAUCGUUCAUUAACGUUCACAUGGCGGUCCUGGAUCACUAUCACGAGCCUGAGAGUA